AUGUAUAUUUUACAGUUUCGCCGCGUUAUCCAAGUCGGAUAUCCACCUCCUCUGUUUCUGCAGCUUCCCAGUCUUCUUUCCAAAUCUGCCCUAUCGCUUUUCGAUAUGCAAUACCAUCUUCCCACUCGAUCCACAGUACAUCAUAACACCUAA